AUGGCAGCCGACGAAGGCUCACAGGACACUUUGAGGCUCCAGUUCAAGGCGAUGCAGGAACUGCAGCACAGAAGGUUACAGCAGCAGAUGGAGAAAAAGAGGGAAAAGGAAAAGGAACAGGAAAGCAGAGAUGAUGACCAAAAAGAAUCCAUGGAGAUCUCUGAUGGCCUCAACCUUCUCCACACAGAGGAGCAAAACUUGAAAAACAUCUUUGAGCAGAGGGUGCUUGAAGAUGAGAUCCAACAACUUCGGGAGGAGCUCAGAGAAACUGUGGAUGAGAACGGGCGAUUGUAUAAGUUGCUGAAGGAAAGGGACUUUGAAAUCAAGCACCUCAAAAAGAAAAUAGAAGAGGACAGACUUGCCUUCACAGGGAGUGCCAGUAUGGCUGGAGAUGUAGUCGCAACCAAAAUUGUGGAACUCUCCAAAAAGAAUCGGGCAUUGAUGGCAGAGUCAGAGGGUGGGAAAAUGAAAAUGAAGCAGCUGACCAAUCGGAUCCAGGAGCUGGAGCGGGAACUGCAGACAGCCCUGUCCAGGCUGCCAGCCAAGGGGUCCACCGAUGCAGGAGCCAAGCCACAGAGGGCCCAGCUGGGAGACAAAGCCUUGCCGGAGACCCCAGAGGUGAAGGCCCUGAAGGACAGGCUGACAACCAUGAACCUGAAGAUGAGUGAUCUGCGCAACCAGGUUCAGUCCGUGAAGCAGGAGCUCCGGAUGACCCAGAAGGUUUUGUCCAGUGAGGUUGGGGAAGACGUGAACAUUCAGCAGCUCCUGUCCUCUCCAGGGACCUGGAGGGGAAGGGCUCAACAAAUUCUCGUUCUUCAGAGCAAGGUUCGAGAGCUUGAGAAGCAGCUGGGACAGACCCGGAGUAGGUCUGCAGGAACAGCCAAUGAUGAGCUCCCUAUCUACCCAGACCCAAAGAAGCUGUCGGCACAGGAGAAAAACCUACUGAGGAUCCGCAGCCUGGAAAGGGAAAAACAGGAAGGCUGGGAGAAACUUGCUGGGGAGCGGGAUACCCUCCAAAAAGAGCUAGAAGAGCUGAGAAAGAAGUCUGAGGGAGUGAAGUCUCGAAACAAGGUGCUAUCGAACGAAGUGAAGACCCUCAGGAGCCAGAUGGGGACCCUGGUGGAGAAGGGCAGACAUGAUGACGAGCUCAUUGAUGCCCUCAUGGACCAGCUGAAGCAGCUACAGGACAUUCUGGGCAGCUUGAAUCUACAGGAGGAAAAGAGGCGCACAUCCCAGCAUCAAAUGGACCAGAAUCUCAACAGCCAGGCCCAACAGAGCAGCAGCCUUGUGGCCCAGCUGCAGGCCAUGGUGGCCGAGCGUGAGGCCAAGGUGCGGCAGCUGGAAUUAGAGAUCGGGCAACUUGGUGUGCAGUAUCUUCAGAAUAAAGUAGUGGGUGAGGAGUCCAGCGGGCCUGAGGUCCACCCAGCCCACACCAGACUCCUGGAGGACCAGGGUCUGGCCAAGCCUCCAGCCUCAGCAAGCAACCACAUCGGCAGGCUGGGAUCUUCUCGCUCUGUGAGCAGCCUGGGUCACACGCUGGUGGAAUCUGCUCUCACCAGGCCUUCCCUGUCCAGCCCCCACAGGACCUCACCCAGGUGCUUGGACUCCCCAGAACAAAAAGGCUGGCAAGCACAAGUGACAGAGAUCAAGGCCCUCUGGCAGGCCACCGAGGUGGAGCGAGACCGGCUCACUGAGUUUGUUACUGUCCUGCAGAAACGGUUGGAGGAGAGCAACAGCAAGCUCCUGGAGGCGGAAAGGAGGCUGCAGGGGGAGCGGCACCACACUGUGGUGCUGGAGCAACAUCUGGAGAAGAUGCGCUUGGAGCCUGGCAAGGCAUCCGCCUCACAGAAAGCAGCCCCCAAAAAUAAACCAGGUCUGCCAGCCUCUAACACCAGGCCCAACCCAACAGGAAGUGAGAAAAAGGACCCAUCCUCUGCCCAACUCUCCAGUGUACCUGUGGAAUUGCAGAUGGAGGAGCUGACCACCAGGCUGGCCAUCCAGGUGGAGGAGAACGAAAUGCUGAAAGCCGCCCUGGGCAAUGCCCUGCGGGGAAAGGAGGAGGACUUCCGCCUGUACCAUGAGACCCUUAGCCAGGUGAAAGGGGUCUUCCUGCAGGCCCUGCGGCAGCAGAAAGCGGACAGGCACUAG